CACGUGAAACUUGUGCUGCUGCGUGAACGCACGCGCUGCGGCUGCGGUAUCGUCGCCCACCCGCGCGCACAUACUGUAUAGCUCAUCAUCUCAUCUACACACACACACACACACACACACGCAGAGCCUACUGCACCAGCCUGCCAUCAUCAGCACGUAUCCGAGGAUCUUUAUUACAUGAUCCACGCCGACAGCAAGUUCCGCACACAAAGACAAGGCAUUGUGUCGCGUGCACGUUUGUUUCUAGCAGCACUUACCAUCUGGCAAAGAUGGUCUACCGUUUCAAAGACUGGACAGACUGAACUGGAUUUAACAGCAGGAUUUGCUCAUUAUUCUCAGAUUGGCCUUGAAAUUCUCCAGCUGGAUCAGAAACACACAAGGGAGGUUUGACGUUGAUGUGAACGGUUGAUAAAUGAAGACUUUGGCUUGUCUUGGAACACGCUGAUCAACAUUGCUUAAUCCAUGAUGGUGGAGAGCGCUGAUUGCUCUCCUGAAUCGUUGGCUAACAAUGAUCGUUAUGUGAUGGCCAAACACGCAGCCGUGUACCCAUCAGCUGAAGAGCUGGAGGCUGUCCAGUCUCUGGUGUCAGCGGUGGAGAGAGGACUAAAGUACGUCUCCGAAUGGCUAAUUGAUUCCACCAAGGAUAGUGCUCCUAUAUCUGCUGAACCUGCAGAACCCAACUCAAAGUGUGGUGGGCCUCUGGCUGGCGUCAUGCGUGUUGGAUCUGUGGCUAAAGGCCUCCUCAUCAAGGGUCUGAUGGACCUAGAGCUGGUCUUGCUCUGCCGAGAAAAGCCUACUAAAGAUCUGCUUCUCACGAUCUGCACCAACUUGCCACUGCAGAUGAAGAAACUGUCUGAGGAUGAGCACACAGUGCAGCCCUGCAUUCCAGAAGCAGCUAUUCUAGUGUUCAAAAGCAGCAGACCUGAUCUGCCUCUGAGGGUCAUCCUUACGUCAAUGCAGAUGAAAAGCCAGGAGCUGGAGAAAAACCAAGUGGAAAACACAAAAGUGACAGAUCCGUCUGAUCUGCUGGACCAGCAGAGAUGCCUGCUUGCUCUGGCCUCUCUGCGCCAUGCCAAAUGGUUCCAGGUCAGAUUGAGUGGGAAGAGAUCCUGUCUCAUAGUUCUGCGGAUCCUCAGGGAUAUAUGCAAUACAAGGCCAGUCUGGGCACCUCUUAAAGGAUGGCCAGUUGAGCUGAUCUGUGAAAAGGCCUUUGCUACGAGUUACAGGCCACUCGGACCGAGUGAAACUCUGAGACGGGUCUUGGAAUGUAUCUCCUCAGGCAUCUUCUUGCCAGGUGGACCUGGACUACAUGACCCGUGUGAAAAAGAAGAGGUAGACACUUUGUCGGCUGUGAUGAACGAUCAGGCUGAACUUCUUACCUAUACUGCACAGCAUGCGCUAAGGCUUCUAGCUUUUGGACAGAUUCACAGGUUCCUAGAGGUGGAUCCUCUUCCUACAGCUAAACCUGCAGCGGAACCAAAAUUACCAGACGGAGAAGCAGGGACGUCUCUGAAAAGACUCCAUGAAGAUGAAACUGCCGACGAACCUAAAAGCAAGAAGAUCCUCUCAGGUAUUGGUGCAGGCUUAUUAACAUCUAAUGGCAAAUCAGAUUGUAAGGGAAAAGUGGAAACUCUGUCCAAAAGCUCCAGCAACAAAUCCAUACAUGGCUCUUCAUCAACCAAGGUUAAAGUUCAGGGCCCUGUUCUCACAGCCAGGGGCAAAAACCCAGUAAUGGAGCUAAAUGAGAAAAGGAGAGGCCUAUCAUAUAACCUCAUCACUGAAAAUGGAGAGAACCAACAACAGCGCUUCAUUAUCGAGGUGGAAGUGGAUGGACUGAGGUUCAGAGGAUGUGGGCCUAAUAAAAGGGUAGCAAAGGCAAACGCAGCCUUGGCAGCAAUAGAAAGGCUGUUUUCAGCACACAAUGCAAACAACAAUAAGAGGAAGAAGCCAUAUACAAAAGUGAGUCCAUCAGCUGUAAAUGGACUUCCCAGAGCAAAGAGGAAUGUUACAAUACCCAGGCCACUACUUCCUAUUUUUCCUCCAGCCCCUGCGUAUUUUACACCAGGCUUUACCCCGUAUGGUUAUGGUCCAGUGGUGCCUCCACCACACGGUGCUUUGUAUUUUGACGGUCCUGUUUGCCCUCCGCAGACCAUCACUCCUGUUUUUCUUCACCUGGGAGCACAGGAUUUCUGCCCUGAUUUUUACAUUUAAUGUUCUGUCUGAAGUGGCCUGUAGCUGUGUGUGGCCUGACCAGACUCACCAUCAUUAUUACUUAACACAGGGUCAUUUUCUGGUACUGAGGAAACUUUCCUUGUUUUAGCAUGGAUCAGUAGUAUCCUCUGUUAAACUCAAGGAAACUCAAGACAUAAAUGAAAAAAAUGGUUUGCAUUUAUGCUGCGUUUAUAUGGUCUUUGUGAAUACAUAUUUUUCACAGUAAGCAAUAUUUUAUCAGUGCUAUUAGCAAUAAUGAAUUAGAUGCACUGCUGAUAGGCUACAGACAAUAUUCCAUAAUGCUGUAAGUCCAAAAUUUAUGGUAUAUUUGUAUUUGAAAUGAAUAAUAUUGUAUUUAUACUAGGACAAAAUGUAUCAAAUGGAGUGCAGUGUAAUUUAGUUCCUUCAUCCACAACAUGGCACAUACUUAAUCCAACACCAUGUUAUAAACUAACGGUAUGCACGUAAAUGCAGAUAGUUACAUAUACAUACAGUGUUUUGUAAUAAAGACUGCACAAAUAUUUCUAUGACGAUUGAAAUGUGAUUGAAAUGUGGUGUGUGAGUUUGUGGAUGUGUUAAUGUACCUACUGUAUUCACGUAAUAACUGUAUAACAUCAUUAAAUUAUCAUUAUCAGUGUUAUCAACAAUGAUUUUGGCAUUUGUCCUAAUUAAA